AUGAACCGCCCCUCACGAACUGACGAGCCUUACGAGGGUGAAGGGCACAAUCAGAGCCCUAAUUCUCUGCCCAAUGACCUGACUACCAACGAGGAUCUCAACGGCAUUGCCAAUGCUCGGGAAGCGAGGCAGAAAGAUGAGCUCUUGCGAUUCAAGAACGGGCCGCCUUGGAAGGUUAUCGGCUUCGCAAUCGCUUUGAAUCUUCUCAUCCCCGCGGUGCCUUUGGUGGUUGGGUGCGCCAUUUCAAUCUUAGACGUCUUCGUGACGCUCUACUUCUAUAAUCCACAAGGGUCUAUGAAGGGACUUCGAAUCUUUGAGUGCUUCAUUGCGUGUCUGGUCCUAAGCGUCGUAGUCUGCUUCUGUAUUCAACUAUCGAUGAUCAAGGAAACACCUGUUGGAGACAUCUUCAAGGGCUACCUACCUUCCAAGGCAAUUAUACAACGUAAAGGCUUAUACCAAGCCUGCGGAAUUCUUGGUGCAACUGUCAUGCCGCACAGCCUCUAUCUUGGCUCCGGCAUUGUGCAGCCCCGCCUGCGGGAGUUUGACGCCAAGAACGGCUUGCUCUCCAUAAGCGCAUCUACAGCCCAACAGGACGGAGAGGAUGUUGAUAAAAGCCGGUAUGUGCCCUCUCUCAAAGCCAUACGCCAUGCCAUGACCAUGUCUUCCUUCGAACUUGGCAUUGCCCUUUUCACUUUCGCUCUCUUUGUCAACUCAGCCAUCCUUAUCGUCGCAGGCGAUUCCCUGUAUGGAGCUCCAAAUGCCUCCGAUGCCGAUAUCUUCAGCAUUCACGAGCUUCUGUCGCAGUCAAUUUCGACCGCGGCUGGCACCAUGUUUGCGCUGGCACUGUUGCUAUCGGGCGUCUCAGCUGGCAUAGUCUGCACUAUUGCUGGCCAGAUGGUGUGUGAGGGUGCGCUGAACUGGAAGAUGCGACCCUGGUUGCGUCGUUUAGUCACGAGGAGCAUCAGCAUCACGCCGAGUGUCAUCAUCGCAGGGGCGGUGGGUCGGCAGGGGAUCAGCGCUGCUCUCAACGCAUCACAGGUCGUUCUCAGUGUCGUCCUUCCUUUUCUUACGGCACCACUGAUCUACUUUACCGGUUGCGGCAAGUUCAUGACGGUUCAGGUGGAUUCGAUGCGCGAUGAGGGUGAGCAUGCUGGUGGUGUUCGCGAUGUGGCGGCCGGGGAACGCAGCAUCAUCACCGUCCAGCUGGCGAAUUCAUGGUACACCACUGUCAUUGCUGUUCUGGUGUGGAUUGCGAUUGCUAGCAUGAACGUUGCCAACCUUGUUCUCCUGGGUCAGGGCAAUUAG